CAUUAGCGCGCCACCAACCCCGAGGACAAUAAUCACAGUAAUUUAGUGGUGGUUUGUGCACUUGCUGGUGGUCACUUGUUCCAAGCCGUCAUUAACAACGAUAUUUGUUUGCAUUUGUUUACACGAUGGCGUCCGGCAGUGAAAAUGCCACGGAAGAGAGAAUCGAACCGGCGCCAAGUCAGCCCGCUGCUAAUGCCUGUGAUGGAGCGCACAAAAACAUUGGAAUGGAAAAAGAAUCUGAUGCCUCCGGCGUACCUUCAAAGAAAUCUAGGGUUGAGAUCCAGUCAUUACCGACUAGACAGUACCUGGACCAAACUGUAGUCCCUAUAUUGCUGCAAGCAUUGUCGAGUCUCGCUAAAGAACGACCAGCAGAUCCAAUUAGUUUUUUAGCAGCCUAUCUAUUAAAAAACAAAAAUCAGUAUGACAACGGUGGAUCUCCACCAGUUAGCCAAUAAGUAUUGGCCUGCUCUGAAUAAUUCUUUGGACCACCAUGAAUGGAAUGGAUUAAUUUCGAACGAUGCAAUACUUUCUUCAUUUCACACUAUCAUCAUGAAAAAUUCUGAUUGUUUUCUAUUACUAAGAUUUUCGAUGUACUGAUCCCUUAAUUAUUGACUAAACAAAUAACUCGAUUUCUUCACUCAUCAAGAAUAAAUGAAAACAGCUAUGCAGACAUUUAAUUUUUUUGUAAUUUUUAUGAGAACACAUUUCUGACUUUGUACUUACUGAAUAAUUUUCUGAUUGGAAAUAAAUAUAAAUGGUUAGUGAGAAA